AUGGCUACAGUACAGAACCAGAGUCCCUACAUCAUCAGUAGUGACAGUGAGACAGAGGAGUCGGGAAUCAAGAAGUGUGGCAAAGCAGCCCAGAGGUCACCUAUAGUCUGUACCCGAUCUCUCUCAAGCUCCAGUGAAAGUUCAGAUGAGGGCAGCAGGAGGGUCCAGAAGCCGGCACCUCCGUCUCCUGACAGGAACUGUUCCAUCUGUCUGCAGCAGUUCAACAACAAGGCUUUCGCGGACAACUGUUUCCACUCCUUCUGUUACGCCUGCAUCAAGGAGUGGUCAAAGGUGAAGGCGACAUGUCCUCUGUGUAAGACUGAUUUCCAGUCCAUCAUCCACACUGUGAAGUCCAUAGAUGACUACCAGCAGGACUAUCUACUGCCACUGGGCAACGGGACCUUCGGUACCAUUGAUGGCGAGAGGUUCAGGUACAGAACCACGCUUAACUUGGGGCGGAGGAUGAUGGCCGAGUCACGCGUCCGAAUCGACGAGCAGAUGGCCAUCUUCCACAGCUACGCCCGCCACGAGAGGAUCCACUGCUCCCGCCGCUAUCGCCCAGAGAGGAGAAUGUCCACGAUUUCCAUCCGGAAGCGCGUGUACUCGCGAGGACUGCGGGCGAGAGGUGUGCAGGGUGACGAGGGGAGGAGUAGGGACAUCUCAGCUCAGUUUUACAGACGGAACCCUGCAGUUACCCACAGGCUUGUUCCUUGGCUGAGUCGUGAGCUGGAAGCAUUGGUGGCCAGUCGAGACAUUGUAGACUUCUUACUGCAGCUCAUCAUAACAGUCAUCCAACAGGUUGACUUGGGCAGCUCGACGAUCAAACACACAUUAGAACCUUACCUCCUCCACAGAACAGACCACUUUCUGCACGAGUUUAUAACGUUUGCCAAGUACCCUUUCGACAUGGCUGCCUUUGACAGAAACGUCAUCUACGAGUCCCCAAUUUUCGGCAAUGUCUCGCCGAUAUCGUCUCCUCGGACACCGAAUUUUGACCGUUUGACUCCUCCAGAUUUUCACAACGUUGGUCCUACGCCUCACGUGCCUUCAGCUAGCAGUGUUGCUAAUGCUAACAUCCCAACAGCUUACUUGAACUGGGCACCUAGGCAUUCUACGUGGGACAGCCCCUCGGUCACCCCGAGGACCCAACCCGGAAGAUCGGUGACCAGUACGUCUGGUUGGGAUGACGAGACUCCGGGGCCUUCAGGGUUGAAUCCUGACCAAGAGCCGACAGUGCCUGCACCUUCAGUUACAGUUAAAAUUGAAGUACGAGAGCAGCAGUGUGUGAGGACUGAACACAGCCCUCCACACAGCCCUGCUAACAGCUCCUCCAGUGGGGAAUCAGUUGUCUUCACCGGAUACAUCAAACCACUGGCAGAACGGACACCCGAUGCCUUCAUCAGUCUAUCCUCAGGGUCUGAGGAUGAAGCUCCUCAAGAAAAGAACUCAACACUUGAAGAGAACUUAAAGAGCUCAACACGGUCAAAGGCUUCAUCCAGAAGGUAUCGGUCAAGGUCAAGGAACAGGAGGUCAAGGUCGAGAAGAAGGUCAAGAGAGGGGAGGUACAAGGACUUAUCCAGAAGGAGCAGGUCGAGAAGUAGGACUAGAAGGAGUCGGUCUAGCUCCAGAGGCAGAGGUCAUUUCAGGUCAAGGGAUAGAUCAAAGGGGAGAGGUCGAAGGUCACGGAGUAGGUCGAGGAGAAGGUCUCGUGGCAGGUCACGGAGCUCGUCCAGGAACAGGGAGAAGGAAAGGCUGCUGAACAAGCCAGGAGGGAAGAGGAAACAGAAAACAAGACACCUGGAGGGCUCUCCAGCUUCAGGUUACAGAGGAAGUCAUCGGGAAAGUACAACUUCUUCCCACUCUACCCAUCAACCUGCUUCAGCAAGGUCAAAGGACAUAGGUCAUGAAAGAAGGUCACACAGGUCAAGAUCCAGGGAAAGAUCAUGGAGGUCAACAUCAAAGGACAGGUCAUAUAGGUCAAAGGUUAAAGAGAGGCCUCAUAGGUCAAGGUCAAAGGACAGGUCACCAUUUUCGAGGGAGAGAGACCAUCAUGAGUAUAGAGGUCAUGCACGCAGGUCAAGGUCGGUAGAGAGGCCUCAGCUGAAGUAUCAGCAGUCUCCACAUUCUAGAGGUGGUUCACCAGUAAGGUACUCAGGCACAUACAAGAACCAGGGCAGAACACGUCAUCGUAGCCGCAGCUCCAGUCUGGAAGUUACCUAUGAUGGGAAGAAAAAACAAGAUCAGUACGACUACCACAAGUACAGCUACAGUCACAGGAAGCAUGACGAAGACUCGGAAGUGGAGGUAACCUUCUGUAAGAUGUCUUCAAAAGAGUCUAGAAGUAAGCACCACCACCACAAGAGUAAAAAGAAACACAAGCAUAAAAAGAAGAGCAAGAAGCACAAAAAAUCCAAGGACAAGGAGAAAAACACAGAAAAACAUUCCUCAACGGAUGAAGAGAGUAGUGUAGGUGAUGUGGAAUGUUUGAGUACUGUAUCUGCGUCUGAGAAAGGUGAUGCCACUGAAGAAACUGUAGCAGUUGUAGUAGAUCAAACUCAGGACAGGGAAGACUGCAACAACACUCAAGACAGUCAGAAUGACCAACACAGCAAAGAAAACAAAAGUACAGACUGUGAGUUCAGACAUGAAGAUGAAGCAAGCUGUUCCAGUGCAGGCAACGCUGAAGAGACUUGUUUAAAUAGGACUGAGGAAGACUUUCCAGAGAACAAUAUUACGACAGGGAAUUUAGACAGUCAGACUGACUCAACACAGGCUGCUUCUGCUAGGUUAGAUAAUUUUGAGUCAGCAAAUGUGCCAGUUAGUAGGAAAGUUGGCCCUAGUGCAGAUAGCUUCCUUAGAAAAGAUGGUGAUAAGUCAGGUGUCAGCCAAUCAGAAAGGAGGGUCAUCAGGAGGUCACCUGAACAGGAAGUGAUGUCACAGGAAGGAAUCAUGGGACAGGAAGUGACAUCACAAGAGGGGCAGUUGGAGCAGGAUGUUGAUGAAACAGUUGUCAGUACCUCCCACAGGAGGAUAGUCCUCGCACCAAAGUGUCAGGAUGAAAGGAGAAUUGUGAUCUCUAGAAAUGGCGGGGAAGGGAGUUGAAAUACAAGUAGAAAAGCCAAAACCAUUAUAAUAGAUAAGGCCUUGUUGAUUUGAUUAUAAGGAUGACAUCCGUGCACGCAGGAAUUUUCGGCCAUUUCCAAACGAAAAAAGAUCAUACAAAACAGUU